GUUAAUAUGUCUAGUGUAGGCAUAUAGUUCAGUAAGCAGAGGUUGGUGUUUGACAUGUCGAUGUUGGAAUGUGGAAAUAUCAGGUGCACAUCUGGAGUUCAACAUCUUCACACUGACAUCGAGAUUGAUGGAGCAGCGAUGGAGAGUAACAACAACAGGGCUGCGUUAUCGCAUCCCCAACUGAUGAUACCUUCCUCAAGUAAGACCAAUAAUGGUGGCAUUCUCACUAACACUUCCACAACAGAUAUGGUUCACACACCGGAAACGACAAAUGAGUCUGAUACUCACUCAAAUACACUAUCUUCCACGAACUGUUGCGAGUGGGAUAGUGCAACACAGGUGAACCAAUCGUCUCCGGCAUUACGUAGCAACCGUAGUUUCCCUUACCUCAGGAGUGCUGUAGUUUCGUCUGCGCCAAGUUCACCAAUAAAUAAAGUGACCACUAUUUCACACACAUUGCUAGAACGCCAGCAGUCAUCACCUACGAAUAUGAUGCUUAUGGAAGAGAAAAAAGGAAAAAGAAAAACCAGUAUUUUUAAACGUUUCUCAGGGAAAAAUAAAGAUGAAGUAAGUGGGAAAGGAUCAAAAGAAAAAGCCAGUAAAAAAGACAGCAAGGAAAAGAAAACAACAAACCAUGCUGCAGUAAGUCUAUGUUUUAUAUUCAUAUAUUUGUAAUUAAAGGUACUGUAUAUUGAUUGCAGGAAAAUCUAGAAUAACUAUAAAAAGAUUUGACCAAAACAUUGAGUUGCUCCUUUAAAAGCAUAUCCUAUGAGACUUGAAACAAAACCGUUUUCACUUCAUCACACACUUUAUUAGAGAAAAUUCUAUAAUGUUAAUUACAGUAGAAUACAAUGUUAAUUUGUGAGAAAAAAAAUUGUUGGGAGACCACCCCAAUUCCUCAGGUCCCAAAGGUGUUCUCAUUUUGGAGGAUGAACUGUAAUAAUAUUAAUGAUAAUAAUGUUUAUGAUGUUGUGUAUAUACAUAGAGAAAUAGAUUAUCACACUCUAAUGACCUCCUAGCCUUAAACAAUACUAUUCAUUAUUUACCAUAAUGAUUGUUGAGAAUGGAAGGAACCAGAUACUUACAGCUGUAAAAUUUACCAGAAUUGAGAAUUAUGUUGAAUUUCAGAACCAAUUUUAGUCUGCUACUGUUCUGAUAUAGGUUUUCAUUCCAGUUAAUUACCAUUGGAUUUCAGAGUGGCAAAUUGUUCUAUGAAUUAUAAACAAUCCACUUAAAUGUAGGACAAUUGCCAUCGUCAUUGCAUCCCGCUUUGUGAUGUCGUUAAAAUGCUAAGGAGAUAGUAAAAGUAGGAUGUAUUAAUUGGGGAUGAUUGAUACCAUUCAAUGCAUUAUAUAUUGCAAGAAAUGCUGGAUAUGCAUUAUUUGUUAAUUAUAACAUAACAUUUUUGAUGUUACAAUCUGUAUUCAGAUACUUUUACAUAGAAAAAGUUGGAAUUUUUUUUUUUUUUUU